AUGAAAGUUGCAAUAGUCGGUGCGUCUGGUGGUAUUGGUCAGCCACUCUCACUUCUUAUGAAGUUGAAUCCACUAGUGACAGAACUCUCACUUUACGAUAUUAGAUUGGCACCUGGUGUGGCUCAGGAUUUAUCGCAUAUUAGUACGAACUCGGUGUGCCAAGGUUUCGAGAAAGAUGAUAUUGCUAGAGCUUUGCAAGGUGCUCAUGUGGUAAUUGUCCCAGCAGGUGUCCCACGUAAGCCAGGUAUGACUAGAGAUGAUCUUUUCAAGAUCAACGCAAGCAUCGUUAAGGGAAUUGUGACCAGUGUGGCUCAAUACGCACCUGAGGCACGUCUUUUGAUCGUCAGCAACCCAGUCAACAGUACUGUGCCCAUCGCGGUAGAAACUUUGAAAAGUAUGGGUAAGCUACAGCCUGGAAACGUCAUGGGGGUUACCACUUUGGACUGUGUCAGAGCCGAGACUUUCCUUGGUGAAUAUCUAGGUCGUGACAAAACACAGGUGAACCAAGAUGUCAGUGUUAUUGGUGGCCAUUCUGGUAAUACGAUCGUCCCCGUGAUUUUAAACCCUAAAUUAAGAGACGGCUUAAAGCCACAUUAUCAAGAAUUUGUUCAUCGUGUGCAAUUCGGUGGUGAUGAAGUUGUCAAGGCAAAGGCAGGCGCUGGCUCUGCAACCCUGUCGAUGGCAUUUGCCGGCUAUAGAUUUGCGGACUCUAUUUUGAAAAGUCUUGCUGGUGAGCAGGUUAGCGGAGUUCCCACAUUUGUAUAUUUACCAGGCAUUAACGGCGGAUCUGAAGUUCAAUCUAAACUGGGCGGUGUCGAUUAUUUUGCAUUGCCAGUGGUAUUUUCAAAUGGUAGUGUUUCGAAAGUCGACUCAUCUAUCUUGAGUUCGUUGUCCAGCCAAGAGAAGAAACUGGUCAGUGAAUCUGUUCGUCAACUGGUUGGUAAUAUCGACAAGGGCAAGAAAUUCGCUCUCGGUGCUAAAUUGUAG